AUGUCACCUCCACAAACCAGUCCAGCUCUACACCACAUCACACGGAGAUCGACAUCAACAGUGAUCAACGGUCACUUCAACACAUCACUGUCGCCUAUCAAUCUCGCCGUCCGUACACCAUCCGGUGGAUUACCAUCAUUCAGCCGGAAAUCUUUACCGGAGAAUAACCAAGAUUUGUUAUCAUUGUUUCACAAUCUUGAUAUGUUCUGUGCAAAUUUGUUUAACAAUUCCCAACAUUCAACCGAAAAUCUUUUAAGCAGAAUACCCGAUAUUCUUUAUUAUCGUUUUUACAAUCUUGAUAUCGUUUGUGUAGCAGUUCCGGCAUUCAACCGAAAAUCUUUUUCGGGGAUUUCAUAUCAUAGUCUUUACAAUCUUGGCAUAUUUUGUGCAAAUUUGAGUGAUUGUGGCUUUCAAGAUUCGCAGAAGAAGAAGGAAUUCGAUGUAGUUGAGUUUCUGGUGCGAACUAAAUAUGGCCUCACUUUAGUGUAUAAAAGGUUUUAA